AAACAGCUGUAGCAGAAGCCUCGCCCGGCUCUGCCCUAAAAGAGAACCGCAAACCAGUUAACUCCUGCUGUGCCGCAGCCUCUCUCUCUCUCAGGGGAAAUAAACAGGGCGCGGAGUUGGAAGAGAAUCGGAGCUCAGUUCGCAGCCCCUGCUGUUUGGGCCUCACUGUGCAUCAGUGGAGGGCGGAGUUUCAGCUUUGGAGGAGAAACUGAAGGGUGUGUAACAGAUCUGGUACAGUAGAGCUCAGCAUCCCAACAACUGCUCGAGGAGGAUGCUGGGAGUUGUAGUUAUACACAAUGAACAGUGUGAUUGGAAAACAAGCCGUGUCUCUUGGAAUCAGAGCAGCCAGCGGAGCCCCCAGGUUGGGAUUAUGGGCGCCGGUUCUCAGCCAUCCCCAGCCCUUGAUUAGGGUCUGCCACACAGCUGCUGGUGGCGGGCACCCAGCCAAGUCUCAGGCCAUCAAGAAGAGGGGCUAUGACAUCACCAGGAACCCCUAUCUCAACAAGGGAAUGGCAUUUACACUUGAAGAGCGGCUCCAGCUGGGCAUUCAUGGCCUCCUCCCUCCCUGCUUCCUCAGCCAAGAUGUGCAAGUCCUUCGAGUUAUGAAAAGUUAUGAAACCAAGUCCAGCGAUCUAGACAAAUAUAUCAUCCUGAUGACCUUACAAGACAGGAACGAGAAGCUUUUCUACCGUGUCCUUACCUCUGACAUUGAGAGGUUCAUGCCCAUUGUGUACACGCCAACUGUUGGACUGGCUUGCCAACAAUAUGGACUUGCUUUCAGGAGACCACGAGGUUUAUUUAUUACUAUUCAUGACAAAGGUCACAUUGCAACCAUGCUGAACUCAUGGCCAGAAGAAGAUAUUAAGGCAAUAGUAGUGACAGAUGGAGAGCGCAUCCUCGGCCUUGGCGAUCUAGGAGGCUACGGCAUGGGAAUCCCUGUUGGAAAGCUUGCGCUAUACACGGCUUGCGGCGGCGUCCACCCGCAGCAGUGUCUUCCCGUACUUCUUGACGUAGGCACUGACAAUGAGGCUCUUUUGAAUGAUCCCCUAUAUAUUGGGCUAAAGCACAAGCGGGUUCGUGGGAAGGAGUACGAUGAGCUGAUUGAUGAGUUUAUGCAAGCGGUGUCUAACAAGUAUGGGAUGAACUGCCUGAUCCAGUUUGAGGACUUUGCCAACUCCAAUGCAUUCCGUCUGCUGAACAAGUAUAGGAACAAGUACUGCACCUUCAAUGAUGAUAUUCAAGGGACGGCCUCGGUGGCAGUUGCGGGUAUACUGGCAGCACUUCGCAUCACAAAUAAUAAGCUUUCUGAUCAUAAAUUUGUGUUCCAAGGAGCUGGGGAGGCUGCUAUGGGGAUUGCAACACUUAUUACAAUGGCUAUGGAAAAAGAAGGAACCUCCAGGGAAGACGCUAUAAAGAAGAUCUGGAUGGUUGAUUCAAAGGGACUGAUAGUAAAGGGAAGGGGCAAUCUCAACCAUGAAAAAGAAGUGUUUGCCCAAGAUCACCCUCAAGUAAAAACCUUGGAGGAAGCUGUGCAGAUCCUGAAGCCAACUGCUAUCAUAGGUGUAGCUGCAAUCAGCGGAGCCUUUACAGAAAAGAUCAUAAAGGACAUGGCCGCUUUCAAUGAACGACCAAUAAUAUUCGCUCUUAGCAACCCAACGAGUAAGGCCGAAUGUACAGCAGAGCAGUGUUACCAGCUGACUGAGGGUCGGGGAAUAUUCGCGAGUGGAAGCCCUUUCUCUAAGGUGACUCUUGCAAACGGCCAAACAUUUUACCCUGGGCAGGGUAACAACGCCUACGUAUUCCCUGGUGUGGCGCUGGGCGUCAUUGCAUGCGGAGUCCGUCACAUCUCAGAGGAUUUGUUCCUCACAACAGCUGAGAUGAUCGCAGAGAUGGUUACAGCUGAAAAUUUAGCAGAAGGAAGGCUUUAUCCUCCCCUGAGUUCCAUCAGAGACGUGUCCUUCAAAAUUGCUGUCAAAAUUGUAGAUUACGCCUACAAAAACAACAUGGCUUCCUGGUACCCCGAGCCGGCGGAUAAGGAGUCUUUUGUCCGCUCCCUCAUUUACAGCCCCGAUUACGACUCAUUCACCAUCGACAGUUACCACUGGCCCACUAAGGCGAUGGAAAUCCAAGACGUAUAAUUCUAUGCAAACUUUUCUUUUCUAUUCUUUCUCUUCAUUCUGAGGACACACUAUUAAGAUAAUGUCCAACAAAGACGUUUCUCCGCCGCUGUAUUUCUGCUGAUGGAAAAAAUCGAAACUGCUCGUGUGGCUUCCCACUGCCAUUAAUGGUGGUUCUGCCCCAACUUGCUCUACAACAUGAUAAAGCACCACUGGGGUCAGGUGAUCUCCAUUAACUUGAAUGGUCGGCGGUUUUUUUCUGUUGGUGGAAAUACACUGGUGGGGAAACUGCCUUGUGCGACAUUAAAGUCAACACUCCGAGAGCUUCAGACGCAUACUAAUGAAUGCAGAUCCACACGUGAUGACUCUUAGGGGGCUAUUUAUUAACGUCUGAAUGCCAAAAACUUUGAAUUUUUCAUGAUUUAUUAUACCCCAAGAAUGGGAAAAGUCUGAAUCCGAAAUUACGGCAUCUCAGACCUGACGAGGUUGUAUCUAAGUCAAAGGGAGAAGUCCCAAAUAUAUCCUGAUCUGUGCUGGUUUUCGUGCCAAAAUCCGAAGAUUUCAUGGUUUUCAGUUAAAAACCUGAAUUUUUGGGCGAAAAUUCAGAAAAAAUUCACACGAUUAGAAUUUUCGGACGAUUUUCACAAUUUUUUCAUGUUUUUUUUCUAGGGACGCUCCGAAUCCACUAUUUGGGAAUUGCCUGAAUCCCCGAAUACUUUGUUAAAGAUUCGCCUGAAUACUGAACCCAAUCCUAAUUUGCAUAUGCAAAUUAGAGGCAGGAAAGGAAAAAUAAUGCUUUACUUCCUUGUUUUGAGGCGAAAAGUCACGUGAUGUACCUUCCCACGCCUAAUUUACAUAUGCAAAUUCGGAUUCAGUUUCGCCCACACACAAGGAUUCAGCCAAAUCCAAAUCAUGAAAAAGGCCGAAUCCCGGACCGAAUCUUGGAUUCAGUGCAUCCCUAUUUUUUUUUCCCCGAACUGGAAUUUUUGGGGAAAAUAACGGGAAAUAACCCGUGCGAUUUGGUCAGAGUAUAUUUCAGAAAAUAAUGGGAUAAAUUUGGAGUAAAGGGUUUUUUUUAAUCAGAACCAGCAAGUGGACAUUAAUAUAUUUUUCCAUGGAUCAUAUGGAUAUUGUUGUGCAGCUGCUAAUCAGUCGUUCUAAAUGAAGUUUAUUUUUCCCUUAAUAUAAACCUAAAAUAAAUGCCUCCUGUAUCCAACAGAAGCCGAGAAGCCGUCCUGUAGCGUUUUUUUAAAAGCUGUUUGAUUAUGUUCCCCAGUAAAUUAGAUGAUAUUAAUAUUCCCCCCCAGCGCAACCUACAAGUCCUGCCCUUUUCCUUGAAAAGUCUCCCCUUUUGGGGCGUAUCAAUGUGGAUGAUGGGGGGGGACUUGUGUCCUGUAUCUGCACUGAGCUGUUUUAUGUCUCUUCUCUUAAUCAUGACUCCUCCAUCUUCUACUGUAUCUCUCCCACUUUUAACUUUUGUUCUCUACGUAUUAAAUUGCUGUCGAGAUUGUAAAGAAAAAAAAAUGUGCAAGUGAUUUUAUGGAAAGAUGUUUUUUAUUUUCUCCCUUUGAGUUAUAAAUCUCCUUGUGUCUCA